AUGGAGCCUGGUACCAGUACCGACAGCCCUGCCUUCCUUGCGUCGGACUCGGAUGGCGCGAAUCUGAACAAUGCCCUGUUGGCCGCUCGCAUGUCAGCAAGCGAUGCCGACCGUGAAAGCGACGCCCCUGUGAAGAAACAGCGGCGCGUCCGCACCGGCUGCUUCACCUGUCGGGAUCGCCAUCUCAAAUGCGACGAGGCGCUCGGUCAGUGUCAAAACUGUCGGAAAUCAGGCAGGAUAUGCAGGCGCGGUGUUCGCUUGAAUUUCGUCGACACCCAGGUCGUGGCGCCUCCGACGUACCUUCAGCCGCCCGCCGCCAGCCGUGUAACAUUCCGAGAUGACUCGAGAACCAUAGCCUCGGAGUACGUGGGUGGCUUCGAAAGGUAUCCCUCGCCUGAGCAGGAGCCUCUAAUGGAAAUUCAUGGCCAAACAGCUGGAGUUUCUGAGAGUGCGGCAGUUCCGCUAUUCAAAUCCUCAAGGCCCGCUGCCGACCGGCAUCUAUCUUUCAAGGAUCCAACAGAAGUGUCCCUGAUGCAGGUAUUUGUUGAGAAAAUCGGCCCGUGGAUGGAUGUUCUAGAUGAUAUGAAGCAUUUUACCCGUAUCCUGCCUCUGCAUGCGCUUGAGGAGCCCAUGCUAUAUGCUGCGUUUGCUGCCUGUGCGGGGAGCUCCUCGGAUGACGGCAUGCGUCUUUAUAACAAUGCAGUGCAACUGCUAUCGGAAUCCCUGUCGGACCCGCUUCGUGACUCUACCCUGUGCGCGGCAACCGCAAUAGUCAUUGAAGUUGCUGAAACGUUGGUCUUUGGCCCGCUCAACAGCACGCAGCAUCCCCGGGCAGAGAAGACUGCAAGACCGUUGAUUCGAGAUUGCCAAUGGAGUACUCACUCACAAGGCCUCGGCAGAGCGUGUUCCUGGACAAGCAUUGUCAUGGAGCUUCUCGACUGUUUGACAUCGCACCGGAAUCUGACGUGGGAUCCCGAUACCUGGAGUAUUGAUAUGAAUUUCUCUCAAGUUCAGCCUGCUAUUACCGGAAACGAAGAAACCUGGGCUCAACGUAUGAUAUACAUCUGCGCCAAAGUAGCAAGCUUUUGGGUAGCUUCUUUGCAAUCGGCCCAAAACUCGAGUGUCAACGAGGUCAACCAGAAACUCCAACAAUGGAGUAUCUACAACGGAUGGUGUGAAAGAUGGAAGACCCUAGUCCCAAAAUCUAUGCUUCCACUUGGCGAGCUGCAGUCCUGGCAGGCGGGCUAUCACACUGUGUUUCCUCAGAUAUGGCUUCUCGGCCGUUGCGCUGCAUUUGCUCAACUGUUUUAUCAUAUCGCUCGGAUUCUUCUCAUAAAGGCGGAUCCGGCCCCUUCUGAGCAUACUCCUGAGCAGCAAGCCCUGCAGUAUCACGCUUAUCAGGUUUGCGGUAUUGUUUCGAGCGAAAAGGACCAUGGGAUUCCCAUCUUCUCGACCCAGUUACUCGCAGUUGCCGCGGAAUGCUUGGUCGACAGAGAAGCGCAGGAGGAAGUCCUCCGGAUCCUUGAUAAAAUCACGCAUGAAACUGGACUGAAAACCCAACAAACCAAGGAUAGCCUUGUAGAGGGCUGGGGAUGGGCUCCUUAUCACGGUCAUCAAUCGGCUCCGGAUGCCUCCAUGGCUCUGGACCCACCCGACACAGGUCACAGCUUUACUAGUGCUGAAGCUCAACACGACACCACUGAUCCUGCUCUGACUUUUGACGACGCGAUGGUAAAUCCGUACCUCGAUCCUCAUUUCACCUCUUUCCACGAACUCUAA